UCACCACACUACCACACUGCCCCAGUGCCCUGCGCCCACCACCCGGCCGGACCCCUGCCCACGUUGCCUGCUUCCUCUGCAUGGGGCCCUGCAGCAACCCCCGCCUGGGGCUCCCCGGGGGGGAGUCGCCCUCCCAGCCCCCCCAGAGGAGGAAGAAGAGAUACCUGCGGCAUGACAAGCCCCCCUACACCUACUUGGCCAUGAUCGCCCUGGUGAUCCAGGCCGCACCCUCCCGCAGGCUGAAGCUGGCCCAGAUCAUCCGUCAGGUCCAGGCCGUGUUCCCCUUCUUCAGGGACGAUUACGAGGGCUGGAAAGACUCCAUCCGCCACAACCUCUCCUCCAACCGGUGCUUCCGCAAGGUGCCCAAAGAUCCCGCGAAGCCCCAGGCCAAGGGCAACUUCUGGGCGGUCGACGUGAGCCUGAUCCCAGCCGAGGCGCUGCGGCUGCAGAACACGGCCCUGUGCAGGCGCUGGCAGAGCAGGGGCGCGAGGGGAGCCUUCGCCAAGGACCUGGGCCCCUAUGUGCUGCAUGGCCGGCCCUACCGGCCGCCCAGUCCCCAGCCGCCGCCCCGCGAGGGCUUCAGCAUAAAGUCUCUGCUAGGGGACUCCGGGGAGGGGGCGCCGCCGAGCAGCCCAAGUCGGUCAGGCUCAGUUCGCAUAGGGGAGGAAGAGGCACCCACUCCAGUCCCCCCCUCUGAGAGGCCUCUGUGGCCCGUCUGCCCCCUCCCAGGGUCCCUGAGAGCAGAAGGGGAGACUUCCCAGGGGGGAAACAGCAGGCCCUCGCCCCUCUCCCCUGAACCCAGAGCCUGGCCCCUCCACUUACUGCAGGGUACCCCCGGCCCUGGGGGACUCCCUGGUGGAAGCCACAGGGCCUCGCUCUGGGGGCAGCUACCUACCUCCUACUUGCCCAUUUACACUCCCAACGUGGUGAUGCCACUUGCCUCACUGCCACCCACCUCCUGCCCCCGGUGCCCCCCCUCAACCAGCACAGGCUAUUGGGGGGUGGUCCCUGAAACCCAUGGUCCCCCAAGGCUGCUCUGGGAUCUAGACGCCCUCUUCCAGGGGGUGCCACCCAACAAAAGCAUCUAUGAUGCAUGGGUUAGCCACCCCCGAGACCUGGCUGCCCCUACCCCAGGCUGGCUACUCUCCUGGUACAGCCUGUGA